UUAAAUAAAACUGUGACAAUAACUGUUCCGGUAUGCUUGCAUCUGCAUGUGGUGUUGUGUUGCGUGAACUUAGUUUAGUGCAAUUAUCUCGAUCUCGUUGCUUAACAUUUUCCAAAACAAUGUCUACCGUUUCGAAGAAUGAAUUAAAAAGGCAAUUAAAAGCGGAGAAAAAGGCCAAAGAGAAGGCAGAGAAACAGCAAAAUCAGAAAGAAGUUGAGAAGAAGGAAAAAACAGCAACAAAAGUAGAAGAUCCAACAGAUGCUGCUGAAUACUUCAAAAUAAGAUGUCAGACUGUUGAACAGUUGAAAGCAUCUGGAGAAUCCCCUUAUCCUCAUAAGUUUCAUGUAUCGAUUUCGUUGCAAGAAUUUGUUGACCGUUACAGUAAUCUUGAAGCUGCCCAAAUCCUUAAAGAUGAAACAUUAUCUGUUGCUGGAAGAGUGCAUGCAAAAAGAGAAUCCGGGGCUAAAUUAAUAUUUUAUGAUCUUAGAGGAGAAGGGACGAAAAUACAAGUGAUGGCACAUGCAGCACAUUACAGUUCUGAAGAAGAAUUUUUAAAAAUUAAUGGAAGAAUCAGAAGGGGUGACAUUAUUGGUUGCAAAGGCUACCCUGGCAAAACAAAGAUGGGAGAGUUGAGCAUAAUACCUACUCACAUUGAAAUUCUGUCACCAUGCCUGCAUAUGCUACCUCAUCUUCAUUUUGGCUUGAAAGAUAAAGAGACAAGAUUCCGGCAAAGGUAUUUGGAUUUGAUUUUGAACAAUUCUUCUCGUGAUAGAUUGAUUUUCCGUGCAAAAAUCGUAAAAUACAUCCGAGAUUUCUUUGAGAACCUUGGUUUUCUUGAAGUUGAAACCCCAAUUAUGAAUAUGAUAGCUGGUGGUGCAACUGCUAAACCAUUUAUUACUCAUCACAAUGAAUUAGAUAUGGACUUGUAUUUGCGAGUGGCUCCUGAAUUGUACUUAAAGAUGCUUGUUGUGGGUGGUCUUGAUCGAGUUUUUGAGAUUGGUCGAUUAUUUAGAAAUGAGGGCAUCGACCUCACACACAAUCCUGAAUUCACAUCUUGUGAGUUUUAUAUGGCUUAUGCGGAUUAUAAUGAUUUAAUGCAGAUUACAGAAUCCCUUUUAUCCGGAAUGGUCAAGUCAUUGACCGGGUCUUAUAAGAUUAAAUAUCAUCCUGAUGGCCCUGAAGGUUCAGAGUAUGAGAUUGAUUUUACACCACCCUUCAAAAGGGUAAAAAUGUUGCCAGGUUUAGAAGCAGCUUUGGGUGUGAAAUUACCUGAUCCUGCUUCCUUCAGUACACCAGAAGCUAAUAAACUGCUAUCUGAUCUUUGCAUUAAGCAUGAAAUUGAAUGUCCUCCCCCAAGAACCACUGCAAGGUUGCUGGAUAAACUGGUGGGUCACUUUUUAGAAGAAAAUUUUAUCAAUCCUACUUUCCUCUGUGAACAUCCAGAAAUUAUGAGUCCCUUGGCAAAAUGGCAUCGUUCUAUUCCAGGCCUCACUGAAAGAUUUGAAAUGUUCAUUAUGAGAACAGAAGUCGUUAAUGCCUACACUGAACUGAAUGAUCCCAUUGUUCAGCGCAGCCGAUUUGAAGUUCAAGCUCAGGACAAAGCUGCUGGUGAUGAUGAAGCUCAAGUGGUAGAUGAAAAUUUCUGCACUGCUCUUGAAUAUGGAUUGCCACCUACAGGGGGUUGGGGAAUGGGAAUUGAUCGAUUCACUAUGAUUUUGACAGAUACCAACAACAUAAAAGAAGUUUUGGCAUUUCCAGCUAUGAAACCAGAAAUCAAUAAACCAAAAGAACAAGAAGGAGAAUUUGAGAAAAAUGUGGAGAACAAAAAGUAAUGUUUGUGACAAUAAUGAAAUCUAUUUUAUUCCUGUUAAAAUAAAACCCCAUCGAGAAAGUAAUAAAAUUAAAUUAUUGA